UAGGCUUACGAUUACAUACCGUAUCAAAUUUAUAUUAUUUACGAGCAACGAAAUGAUAACUAUAGGAGUUAGCAGUAAACAUGAUAAUUGAUACUGAAAUUCUUUUUCAAGAUUACCUUUAGUUGCCUCAGAAUAAGUUUAGAGAUACUGACAGCAAGUUGAAGGGAAUGGCAAAAGCACUCAGCCCAAGGGAGACACUGCUUGAUGCAGUAAAGCACAAUGAUCCUGAUGAUGUACUUGAGCUCAUGUUGAAACACAACUCUAAGGAGUCAUACUUUGACUUGAAGGAAGUCUUUUCGUCUUUGAAUAAAGCUCAGUUAGAUACAGUGUGGAAAAAUCUGUAUUCACUGUGUGAAAGUCAUAUGUGUACAGCUUUGACAGCAGGAACUGAAGAUGAUGGUGAUGAAUUUGCAAUUUGUCCACCAGAGGAAGCUCAAAAGUCUUUGAAACUUUUGUCUGCUGUGGUGGCAAUGGCUAAAUUGACUAUAAGAAGUGUUACAACUGGUGAUAGAUAUCUUCCAGAUAACCUUGUUCAAACUGCUGUUUUACUUCAUGGGCUUCUUGUAGGUUUUCCUGACAGUCAAGAUGGUCUACGUAACAGUAUUGCACAGCUGUGUGAACUUUGGUGGAGUCAUGAUUUAGAGGCAAAGGAGCAUCUUGGAACUAAUACCAUUAUCUAUCUGCUUCAAAGAACUCUUCUUCACAAUAAAAAUACUAAAAAUGAUGUGAAAAGAGUCUGGGCAAUGAGGAACAGUCUGCUUGACGUUCUGAAAAGUGAAGAAAAUGAGAGUACAAAUAUCUUAUGGGAGCUGUUAUUGAAUUGUUCUACCUCUUUUUUUUAUUUAAGCAUUGAAGAGGGUAGGAAGUUCCUCAGCUUUCUCUUCCAUUUGAAUAUCAAGUUCAUUGAAACACUUCAUAAGGCUAUUAAAAAGCAACUUCCCAGCUGUUCUUUGAACCAAGCAGAAAUGUAUGGAAAAGUGUAUUUUCGAGCUUGGUUGAAUUCAACAGGAACUUAUAGAGAGAAAUUAGAACAGUUCUGUAUACAAGACUUUAUGUUUUAUGCUGUCCAUGUUCCAAGGAACAUCAGGAAAUCUUUGGCUCCACUUCUGAGAAGAUUGCUGAACUGUUUUCAUCAUCAAAAACAACAACGUUCAGUAGCAACCAUGCUGUUAAAUCUCUAUGAUCCUAUUAUCUGGAGGUCUCUGAAAGUAGCAAAUGGUCAUGUACGUGCAAAUGCUGCUACAAUAUUUUUUGACGUUUUCCCCUUGGAGAAUCCUGAAGGCAAUAUUGAAGAAGCUGAUGUUAUGCUACAAAAACAAUUCGAUGUCAUCAAUGAUCUUUUGGAUGAUCCAUUUCCAUUAGUUCGUACCAUUGCAAGCUAUGGAGUUUGUGGAGUCCUUUGUCAUCAUUUUGAGAUGAUUCCUAAUCAGAUAAUUCAAGCAUUUCUAAAGAAACUGGUAGAAGACUUGGCACAUGAUGUGACUUCUGCUGAAGUGAGGAGUUCUGUAUUCAAGGGUUUUAGCCUUUUAAUGGAGAAUCCUUUGACUCAUCCGACUAUGAAGGUCAUCCUGCCAAAACUUCAAGAAACUUUGUUUGACACGUCUGAAAAAGUUCAGGUUGCCUUUUGUGAUCUCUUAUUGAAAGUCAAGGGAUUAAGAAGUAUAAAGUUUUGGCAUGUUGUUCCUGUGGACCACAUUCUUUCUUCUAUGGAAACAAGCAGUUUAUCUGUUGCACGUCGCUUGGUAAAGCUAGUACAGUACAGUUUCUUGCCAGAAAAUAGACCAGGUCACGUUCAAUUAGAAAGAUGUGUGACCCUCAUUGAGAGUAACCGUAGUGCAUCUCGUGUGUUUUUUCAGUGCCUGAAUGAGCAGCUUGGUGUUGAAACAAUUGUUAACUUUAUGUUGCUGGUAAAUAAAGCUUUGUAUGCUUACGUCAAAAAAAAACAAAUAGAAGGCAACAUAUUAGACACAGAAAAUAAGGAAAACCAAGAUGAUAUUCUUGAAAAUUGUGAUUCUCCAGAUGGCAGUAAAAAUGAAGAUGAAUUUCCUUUUGAUGACCCAGAGAUUGUUUGUGGAUUUAUAGAUGCAAUAUGCAUUUUAUGGCAUGGAACAGGAAGCAAACUACAACAAGCUGUUCAUUCAGAGAAGCUAAAACGGCUAGUGAAAGCCUUCACAGCGAGUGUAACCAUUUUCCUUAGAUUCUUUAAGGAUAGUCAAGCAUGGGACUCUUUAGUAUAUUUGGCAAGUUUUUUACCAUCCUCUUCAGUACCGACUUUUGCAGGUUGUUGUAUGUCUCGCCUUCGCUCAUUGGCUGAAGAUUCGGAAUCUAAAUCAUACCACACUAUUCUUGAAAGUCUUUGUAAUCAUGGCCGGGGUUCAGAUGUGCUAGAGCUUGUAUCAGAGUGGUUAACUUUUGGCCUCAAUCAUGAUACAUCAAGAAAGAAGAGUAAGCGAGCUACCAGGAAAGUGAAGUUUGUGGACCCUCACCCAUCAAAACCUCUGUUGGGAGUACAUUUUCUCUCUUACAUGCUACAUCACCCAGUAUGUCGUGGGAUUCUACUUCAAAACCAUGGAUUACUUCUUAAGGACCUCCAAGAAGUUCUACAGUCUAUACAGGGUUUGAUUCAACAAAAAUUGGUUUCUGAAUCACAAGAAGAACUUAAUUCUACAUUUUACAUUGAAACUUUUGCUGUGUUUUGUGAACUGACAGUUAUCCUUCAUCAUCAUGAAAAGUGUGAAGACUUCAGUGCCAUUUCUGCCAUGGAACAAUUACUACACUGGGCUACUAAAGAACUUCUUCCUGAGUUGAACAGAAAACAAGUCUUACCAAAACAGUCAAAAAGCACAAAUCGUAAAAGUUUCACUGAAACCACAGAAUCAUCUACAUUAACUUUACAUUUACUAGAGGUACUGCUGAGUAUUGCUGGAGACAUGUUAUUAAUUAAUGUAGCUGAUGAGGACUUUUGUUCUUGCUUAGCUGACUUUUGCCUAUGCUGUGUACAGACAGACAAAGGCCAUCAAAUUCUUCCAUCAAUAUUACGUGUUACCCAACAGGCAGUAGAAUUCUUACAUCUACAGGGUGAACUAGAAGAUAAAAAUGUCCAGGAAAACUGGGUACCUAAUCUCGUGGGUAAAGUGUUACAGACAAUGGCUAACAAAGGAAGGGAAGACCCAGAAAUUAUAGAAAAGGACAUUGCAGAGAUAAAACCAGUUCUUGCUGAUAUAUUGUUAAUAUACUCUGGCUCUUCGACUGUUUGUCAAGAUACACUGUCUGAAGUUAUAAGUACCUUUAUGGCUGCAAUUUUAGCAGAAAUUACUCUAGCAAUAAACAAGCACCAAGACUUUGAGAUGUGUUCAAAGGUUGAGGAGCUUCCAUCUUUCAGUGGAGUACUAUUGUCUAUUGUUGCAGCCAAGUCCAUUUCGUUUAGGCUUUUCCUAAAAGCACUAACAGAUUGCUUACAGUCAGAUGCCAUUCAGGGAAUGGCAGGUUGCUUUGCAACUGUUCAUCUUCUCCAUACAGUAGCUGUUGACAGCUCAUUAUUGAUAUCCCCUUUAAUGCCCGAGUUAAAAAAUGCUAUUCAAGAAGCUGAAGCUUUGGUUCAAAGAGUAGGAAUACAUGUGAAAUCAGGAGAUCCAAAUGAAAGCAUCACAACUUCUCUUGAUAGGGCUUAUACCCAGUCAUCUAUGGAUAUUUUGAAGAUUGUUAAAGAAAAGCUUCAGAUACUUUGAUAAAAGUGUUCUAAAACUUGAACUUUUCUUCUACUGAAGAAUAUAUAAUGUUCUGCUAUAUAUGUGUAGUAAAUAAACUUGUAGUUCUAUACUAAACAUUUAGUGAAGCUAAAUAACUUUUUUCAUUCUGUUGCUUAAUUGUAAAUAUAACCACAACACUAACCGUGAUUGUAAAUAAAGAAAUUGAACGUUUCUUAAAUGUUGAGAGUUUUCUUGAUUUCUGAGGAAAUUUACUUUCAUCUACUAGCCCAUUUGUUCUUUAGUUUCAGAUUUGAUUUGAAAGUAACAUUUCAAAAGGUUCAGUGACAGCUCGGCUUUUAUGUAAACAGAAUAACAAAGAACUUAUAAGUUUUUUUAAUGGAGUAUUAAUCAGAAAAGUUAUCAUUAUAUUGUUAUAUAUUAAAAUAUAACUUAAACAUAUAGUAGUUUUCUGUUUGAUGGCAGCAUCGAGGUCUCAUCCCGAUACCUUCCGUUUACGUGGCCAAGGGUCUGUCAAAUGUAGUUAGUGAUGUAGUUUCCCUUGUAAAAACUUAUGUUCAAUCUAUGCUAAAUGUACGAGUUGUUCUCACAUUUGGCAUCAUUUGCAUAUUAUGUAAUAGUUAUGUAACCCCCAGGUGGCAUCCUUUGAUCUCCUCUCACCUGGCAUUCCCCACUUAGGUGCCAUGCUUUGGGUGCCCAAGGAGAGUUCUAACUGCAAUUAUAGUUUACCAGUGAGAGACCAAGUUUUAUUUUUUUAAUUCAGUAGUAAUAUAUUUUUUUGUUGGUUUGCUUUUGAAUUUUGUGCAAAGA